AUUGAAAUUCCUGGUUACAUCUCCGCUGCUGCGCGUCGCCUCGACCGGAACCUGCUCUUUUCAACGUCCAAAGGCGUCUACCGUGCACGUCGGCGGUGGCGGCAGCGGUGGCGCGGAGGCCGGUCGUCUACCAACUUUCUUAUUCAAGAUGUUUUGAGAGCAAUUUAACUUGGACUCCGGUCUCGAAGCCGCCGGUGGGGGAGGGAGGAAGGAGUUAAGAGCGGAAUAAAACGCGCGGAAGAAAAGUGACUGCCAGACCAGUAAUGCGGGAUUACGGAGGAGCGGCUUGCGGGACGUGGUCGAGGCGCCGUACGUUGCGAACGGAUUAGACAGUCUUCCGGAAAUCCGAGCGGAGUGCCGCCACUCUCGAGAUACUCCGGAGAUACCACCCGGCUGGCCCGAUCAGCACGGCUGUCCACCGACGACCAAGGUCGCCGUACGGUUAUGCUGGUGGCGUCGCUGCAGGUGGCCGCCAGCAAAUGCUGUCAUGCCGCUGCCAUGCCAGCCGGCGGCCCGGAGCCGGCCGCUGGUCACGAGUCGGUGCCUGAUCAGGCCCGGACGUUGCUCACCGCGCGUAGGACUUGCCGUGCUAUCCCUGAUCAUCCUGUUAAUCCUGACCGGCCGCAGUCGCGCGGCUUCCUCACAGGCCGCGACCCGCUACGCCUCGCGCAUCGUCGAGACGAAGAGCGGACAGAUACGUGGAAUACUUCAGGAACUGAACAGUCGGCACCUGGAUCCCGUGGAGGUGUUUCGCGGGAUACCCUACGCCGCGCCCCCGAUUGGAGAGUUGAGGUUUCGACCCCCGAUCUCGCCGGUGCCUUGGAACGGCGUCAAAUUGGCGGACACCUUCGGCGCGGUGUGCCCGCAGAAUUAUCCGGACCUCGCCAAUAGCACCGCCGCCCUCGCGCAGAUGCCGCACGGCAGAUACCAGCAGCUCAAGAAGAUGGUUGUCUUUCUGGCUAACCAGAGCGAAGACUGCCUCUUCCUCAAUCUGUACAUACCCGGCAGCGGAUCUCGAGGGCUGGAGGCGCCGUACGCGGUGAUGGUAUACGUACACGGUGAAAGUUUCGAAUGGGGAUCGGGUAACUUGUACGAUGGAUCGGUCUUGGCGAGCGCCGGCCACGUCAUAGUGAUCACGCUCAACUAUCGUCUCGGCAUCUUAGGAUUCUUGAGGACCCGUCCGUUCCCCGACAGAACGAGCGGAUCCGGCGGGAAUUUGGCUUUGAAGGACAUCACGAUGGGGCUCCGUUGGGUGCGCGAAAAUAUCGGCGCCUUCGGCGGCGAUCCAACGCGGAUAACUCUAAUGGGCCACGACACCGGAGCGGCGCUGGUGAAUCUCCUACUGCUCGCACCUUACAGCAAAGGAUUAUUUCAUCGCGUGGUGUUAUCCAGCGGCUCGGCACUAAGUCCCUGGGCCUCGGUGCACGAUCCGAACGAUCUCAGGGCGAAGAUUGGCGAACAAAUGGGCUGCUCGACCGAGGGUGACGAGGACAUAGCCGACUGCCUCCGUGGAGUACCGCUCAAAACUCUCAUGGACGUGCAACUGCCGGAAAUCAGAUUCGUGCCCCGCAUCGGGCCCGGCCUGCCGGUGGACCAAAACAACCCCGACCCGGGCCUGGACAUGGAGCGUGCGAGCGACGCGUUCAUCAAGGUGCCGCUGAUCCUGGGCGUCUCCACGACCGAGUCGAAUCUCGAUUUCAACAACAACGACAUACAGUUCGGCUUCGAGGAGGACCACCGGAAUCGCGUCCUGCGCACCUUCAUCCGCAACGCCUACGUCUACCAUCUGAACGAGAUCUUCUCGGCGGUGAGGAACGAGUACACGGAUUGGGAUAAGCCGGUGCUUCACCCCAUCAUAAUACGGGACUCGACGAUGGAGGCGUUGAGCGAUGGUCACACGGUCGCGCCUCUCAUGAGAAUCGCCUUCUAUCAUGCCAGGCGAGGCGCCAAGACCUACUUUUAUCACUUCAAUCAUCAAUCCAAGGACAGCGGCUAUAUGCAGCGCCUGGGGAGCGUUCGUGGAGAAGACAUACCGUAUAUUUUCGGGCUGCCGCUGGUGGCAGGCGGGGCUUUCUUCCCGCGGAAUUAUUCCCGACAAGACCAGGGCGUUGCGGAGGCCGUACUCACCUUCUUCACCAAUUUCGCCAAGACCGGUAACCCGAACGAACCGCACAAGAUCGAGUCGGUUGACUACGGUACGCCGAAGGAGAAGACGCGAUUCCGCGGUCUCACAUGGGAACAAUAUGAGACAGGAUCUCAGCAGUAUCUCACGAUAGCGUUAAAGCCGAAGAUGAAGAGCCAUUAUCGCGGUCACAAAAUGGCUGUGUGGCUCAAUUUGAUACCGCAGCUUCAUCGUCCUGGUGACGAUGACGUUUCCAUGCGGCAUCAUCACUUUCGAGAACGAGGCGAUCAUUAUUAUGCAGGACCGGUUCGAGACGAAUGGUACACGCCACUGCCGCUGACAGGCACAACUAGGACGAGUUCUUCCUCGACCACCGCCUGCAGCACGUCUACGGGAGGAGAGGACGGCCUCAUCGAGGACAUUACUCCGAUUCUGGACGACUCCGAGGACGAUGCCGAGCUCCUGCAGAAAUUGGCGUCUCGUCCUUAUUACAGCACGACCACCGCUCUGGCGAUCACCGUGGGCGUCGGUUGCAUCCUCUUAGUCUUGAACAUGCUGAUCUUCGCCGGCAUUUAUUAUCAGCGGGAUCGCGACAAGAAGCGUGCCGCCAUGGAAUGCAGGCCAAACGGACAGGAGUCCCUACCGAUGACCACUAGGACAUCCAUGAAGCCUUCUGAGAAUCCACGACCCGCUCAGGAACCACCACCGUCGUACACCACUCUCGCGAGAAGUCCCUCCAUCCAGGAACAGCAGCAGCAGCAGCAGCAGCUCGCGCAGUCCCAGGAUGGCCAGGACUGCGAGCAGUCGAACAGGAAAGAACCAAGAUCCGGUCACGGGACCAGCGGCAAUGCCCACAAGGAUUCGAUCCCUCCGAAACCGCCUGCCAGAACUACCAGCUCGCUCACCACUGCCGGCAACACCAAUACCAUUAAGAAACGCGUGCAGAUACAAGAGAUAUCCGUAUAGCAUUAGGGGUUGCCCCCAGAGGGCAACGCACGGAUGAAGCGGGUGACUUUCGUAGACGCGGAGAAAGCCACCGCGGAGUCCAGAUUUUAAACGGUUUCUUUAAUCGAUCAUAGGACAAUGCCAAUUAAGGGGAUCUCCCGUCUGUUGUGAUUAUACGAACGUAAAUUCAGCAGGUGAGGACUUGUAAUGAAUCUUUUACAGUGUUCAUCUGUAAUCACGAUGUUGAAUAGUCAACACGCGGUCUGACUGUAGCCAAAUGUCAUUACUGAAAACAGUCGAUUAUUGCCGAUUGUUACUAUUUGCGACGCAGUGCCACGACAUAACUGACUAUAAUGUGCUCGCACCAUUGCCGCUGAACUGCGUCUGUUACUACUUAGGGAACAUUGUGGCCGGUUCUUUCUACUGAUAGAAAUGUAAGAUUGUGCACGUGAUUGUUAUUUCUAGAGACGUGGAUUGUAUGUAGUUGUUACUUGUAAGAAGACGGAACACUCCCUGCUGUUUUUGAGAAAGUGUGACGAUUGCUGAAGUACCCAUCAUAAACUCGUGGCUACAUUAAAUAUACAACGGGUGCUCAAAAAGUAUUUUAUUCAAAGGAUCUUUUUGCAAUUGAAAAUAUCGAUGCGACGUUUCCUCGCCAUUUAAUUCAUCGGAAUGAAUUCUGAUUCUCUCGAAGAUCAUGGCAAAAAGGUGGCCUUAAGCAUCACAGCACAUAAAGGAAAUGUGUCGAUAUUUUCGAUGUUUUAGAAAAGGGCGCCUGACGAGAAAUUAUUGAGUCGAAGCGUAAUGAAAUUCUUGUUAAAGAGUUCUAAAUUAAAUUCUUUGUUAAAAAGCCAUUAUUCGUAUAAGAAUACCAUGCACGAAACGAUGCACGGUAGUCUCUGACGUCGACGAUAACGAUGACGACGACGACGACGAAUCCAGUCGAAGGGAUCUCGAAAUGGAAUCGGAAUACCAAAGCCAUGCGCAUCGUCGCAUACCAUCGUCUCGUCGAGCUGCUUUGUAAAGCAUCGAUUGGGAGGAAGAGGCACUCGAUUCGAGGCGGAUCAAACGGAUCGGACGCGACGAACGUCCGUUAUUCACGAGCAAAACGAAUACGGCGCACGAAAGCACCAUCCGUAAGUGAAAGUGCACUCGUCGUCUCCGCCCUUGCGAUACAACACAGCCAAGCUACAUCCUUCGAAACGGUGUACUU